AUGUCUAUCUUUUCCAACUCCAAAGCUAUAGCAAUCCUGCUGAUUUCCCUCAAUGUUGUGUGUAAUCUCACGACAUUCUCGCUUGCGAAUUUCAAUCAAGAUGUCGAGAUCAACUGGGGAGCUGAUCACGCUCAGAUACAAAAUGGGGGCCAGUUCCUUACUCUGUCAUUAGACCAUUCCUCUGGUUCUGGUUUCCAGUCCAAGAAUGAGUACCUCUUUGGAAGAUUCGACGUGCAAAUCAAACUUGUCCCUGGCAAUUCAGCUGGCACCGUUACCACAUUUUUCUUAUCAUCUCAAGGAAACGCACACGACGAAAUCGAUUUCGAGUUCUUGGGCAAUUCAUCCGGAGAGCCUUAUACACUACACACCAAUGUAUACUGCCAAGGCAAAGGGGAUAAAGAAGAACAGUUCAGACUUUGGUUUGAUCCUACCAAAUCCUUCCACACCUACUCUAUUGUUUGGACUCCUCAACGUAUCAUAUUCAUGGUAGAUAACAUACCAAUCAGAGAAUUUGACAAUAAUGAGGCAAUUGGGAUUCCAUUUCCUAAUAGGCAACCAAUGAGGGUGUACUCAAGCCUGUGGAAUGCGGAUGAUUGGGCAACACAAGGAGGCAGAGUCAAAACAGAUUGGACAAAAGCUCCAUUCAUUGCAUCCUACAAGAAUUUCAAUGCAAAUGGAUGUGUAACUCCAUCAUCAUCAAAAGGGUCAUCUUCUUUCUCGUCAUCAUGCCCGAAUUCGGUUACUUUAGCGGCGUGGCGGAAUCAAGAGCUUGAUCCGACUGGAAGACGGUGGCUGAGAUGGGUGCAGAGGAAAUAUAGAAUCUACAACUAUUGCAGUGAUUUGAAGCGGUUUUCUUCUCAAGGCCGGCCUGCUGAAUGCAAAAAGCGACGCCGCCUCGAGGGUUUAAUUUAG